AUGUUUGUUAGAAACGAGCAAUGUAAACUGUCUCACAAAAUGAUGAUUCGACUAAAUAAUUUUUUGUAUGUCUUUAAUUUACGACAAGGCACGAUUCUUAUUGCCGUCCAUCAAAUUGCGUUAUCUUCGUUUGUACUUAUAAUUUUGCUCGUCGGCAUAUCACAUGUUGGUGAAAUGCUGUCAAUGCUUCAUAACGACAUGGAAGACGAUGCUGAGCGCCGGGGAUUCUACGAAAUUGCUUAUGGGGAACAUUUAACCUUUCAUGAAGGAGACGUAGUGAGCACCAACAAUCAACUAAGAUUCGCUAAAGCACAACAUUUAGCCUCAGUCACAGUGAUCUUCCUAUACACGAGCACCAUACUGACGUCGAUAUAUCUUAUGUGCUGUAUCUCACUACUCCAUGGAGCUGUGAAAUAUAAGAGAGAAUAUGUGUUGCCUUGGAUCAUGGCUGCUUGCGUCGCUGUCGUGCUGCUAAUAGUGGCUAUUGUGAUAGGAGACGGUUAUCCUUGUGUUGUUAAUCUCUUCGGAGGACAUAAUCUUUAUCAUUUUGGAUGCGCCCUGUUUGUACUCACAUUCAUUUACGCAAUAUGCGCGGUGAGUAGUUUCGCGUUAGAAACCGGAGGAGGGAGAUGUGCCCGCGCGUCUCUCGCUAACGACGAGCGAGGAGAGCGACUCUUGCUGCUGGACCACGCAGCACACUCCAGCCUACUGUCCGCCGCACAGUUGAACAAGCUGUCCCACGGCACAAGAACACAAUUUGUU